GAAAACGUUAGUUUACGUGGGGUUAGUUUGGUUUUAUCUUGAUUGAUUACCCUUUAAUUAUAUUUCAAAAGCGCUGCUCCAAAACGUUCUUAAAAUUCUUUAAAAUUUAUGUUUAUUUACAUUUUUGACUGCUCGAAUAAACAUUUGUGCAGUGCGGCUAGUAUCACGGAAAACUGCAAGAACGGAUAUUGCAUGGCAACCCUGACUGCAUGAACAAGAAUUUUCAUUCGAGCACGAUCUGACCACGAUGAGCACGAUGAGCGCGAUCUGGCGCGAUUUGCCGCGAUGAGCAAAAAACAACCACGAUGAAGGUGCGAUGUGCGAAUGAGGUGGAAUUUGAUGCGAUUUUAGUCAAAUCGCGGAGUGUCAUCCCCCUCGGCAAUUGGCCAUUAGCUUCAACAACAUUUGAGCGAGUGCAUAUUGACUUUUUCCAGAAAUACAAUCGCACUUUCAUAAUAUUAGUAGACGCACACUCACGAUGGGUUGAAAUAAUAAGAAUGAACAAAACAACAGCAGAAGAAGUGGCCCAGGAACUUGACACAAUUUUUGCCACCUUUGGUUUUCCUGGCUCCAUGAUAGACAAUAAUAUUCGCACAUUUCUACAUCACCAUCACCAAACUCCCACAACUGGAGACCGAAUUAUUCCAAACGAGAGAGUUUUCAACUUUAUUCCACGUUCUGAACUUAUAAAUUUAAGAGAAAAGAAAACAGUUUUCUGCACGAAUUACGAAAAUGAAAACACUAGAAAAUUUAAGAAAAACGAUAAGGUAAUUUACACUUAUAAGAUGAAUGGGAAGAAGUUCACUCAUGAAGCUGUAAUCAUAAAGCCAAUGUCAGAAUUAAUUUUUCUUAUUCAAAUUCAGGGAAACAUUCGCAAAGCUCAUGUAAACCAAUUAAAAAGAAUCCCACAAGUUCCAUUUACAUUAAAAAUCAGGCCAGAUAAUUCUACUCCCAUACACCCACACAACACAUCCCCAACAUUGUCAACAAACAGUUCUGAUGAAGAAGACAACACAAAAGAUUCGUCAGCUGAUGUAGAGGCAAACAAUAAAGAAUCAUCAUCUGAAGAGUCACUUUCAUCAGCUGACGAAGAAACAGAACCAAAACAAAAAGACAAACCAAUUCGGCGAUCCAAAAGAAGCAAAAGUUCUAGACACAGCUCUCUCAAUUUGAAAGUUCUUGGUAAAAGAAAUGAUCAACGUUGUCGAAUUAGGGUUUUGUCUUAAAAGGGGGGAGAUGAGAGGCGAGAGAAGAAGAGAGCAAUCUGGGCCGAACACGAUACUACUCUCGGGUAGUAGAACCGAACGUUAACUAUUAAUAAAGCAGUCUCAACUUGAACUACAA